GAGAGAUGCUGUUGCCAGGGAACAGCAGCCACAUAGAGGACCACUGAACACAACAGUAGGAUUAUCAAAUGGAGUAAAGGGACACAGAGACUGGAGCUCAUUUCUUCUGUAUGGUGCUCAUACAGGGAGAAACCCAAAGAAGGGUGUGAAUUAAUAUUUGGAGGUGGAAAAAAGAUCCUCCAAAGGUAUCUGGAGUUACAAGCAGAGAAAAGAGGGAGAUCAUGAUGCCAGAGCAGAUGCAUUCUGAUUAAAGGAAUUUUGUGUCUUGGUGGUGUGGACGUACGAGCUGAGAGGCAGGCUGUCGGCUCGCUCUUCACGGCCAGUCUUUCCCCAACAAAGGUGGCCAGAGGCGGAGGAGAAGAGGGGGAGUCCAGCACAGAGGUGCCCCCUGUCCUCAGACACCUGCUGCUGGCUAGCGGCUGACAUCGAGGACACUGUAUGGCUGUGUCUGUGCAUCAGUGUGUGUGUGUGUGUGCAUGUGAAUGAGUGAAAGACAGGGAGCGUGAGAGGAGAAAUUUCAGCCUGACCUCUGCUUCUCUGUUGGUGUGGAGGAUCAGGACUUUCUCCUCUAGAAUCUUUGAGUCUGCUGCUGAGGAGGAGGGAGGACGCACAGACGAGCGAGAGCUUUAGAGGGGAUCUCACACCGCUCAUGCCCCGGCUCUCCUCUCUGAGGGAUGGGCACCACAGAGGCAACUCUACGAAUGGAGAACUUGGAAGUGAAAGACGAGUGGCAGGAUGAAGACUUCCCCAGACCACUACCAGAGUACGGAGACAUGGAUCCCUCUUGUGGUCUCACAGACGACAGAGCCUCUCCUCCUAACUCCCUGAAUGUGAGCCCACCUGGAGGAGGAGGUGGCGGCGGAAUGUCCUCCACCCACCGCAAACGGCGCACACUGGUUGCCCCAGAGAUGAAUCUUUCCCUGGACCAAAGCGAGGGCUCUUUGCUAUCAGAUGACUUCCUGGAUACACCGGAUGACCUGGACAUCAACGUCGACGACAUCGAUACGCCUGAUGAGACAGACUCACUGGAGUUCAUCACCAAUGGCAACGAGCUGGAGUGGGAGGAUGACACACCGGUGGCCUCAGCCAAAGCAGGUCCAGCUGAUGGUUCAGGAGAUGUGGAUGGGGAGGGAAAUGCUAACAACGGACGCCUCUGGAGGACUGUGAUCAUUGGAGAACAGGAGCAUCGUAUUGACAUGCAGGUCAUCAGACCUUACCUCCGGGUCAUCACACACGGAGGUUAUUAUGGCGAGGGCCUCAAUGCCAUCAUUGUUUUCUCUGCGUGUUACCUGCCUGACAGCAGCUGUCCAGACUACCACUACAUCAUGGAAAACCUCUUCCUGUACGUAGUGAGCAGCCUGGAGAUGCUUGUGGCUGAAGAUUACCUGAUCAUCUACAUGAAUGGAGCCACUCCUCGGAGUAAGAUGCCUGGGAUCAGCUGGCUGAAGAAAUGUUACCAAAUGAUUGACAGAAGACUGAGGAAAAACCUGAAGUCUUUGGUAAUCGCUCAUCCCACCUGGUUCAUACGCACCGUCCUGGCUAUAUCAAGGCCUUUUAUCAGUGUGAAGUUCAUGAAUAAGAUCCAGUACGUCCACAGCCUGGAUGAGCUGGCAGAGAUCGUCCCCAUGGAGCACGUCCAUGUUCCUGAGUGUGUGGUGCAAUUUGACGAGGAGAGGAUUAAAGCACGGAGGGAAAGGAUGGAGCAGGAGCACAGACAGCAGGAGCAGCAGCAGUCAGUCCCACAGGAGCCAAUUAAAAAGUCAGAGAGGCCGAAGUCGAUGAUUGUAGAUCAAGGAUUAUGAGAAGGACAGAGCUUCACAGCCGAAGUGUGUGACAGACGUAUGGAGCAUGAACCCUUGGUUUUAUCACCGUACAAAGCAGUGGGUCCAACAAGUCUAUGUGCUUCCGUCUUUAACCAACAUCCAACCGAUGAUUUGUGCCGUCAAGACGGUAAAUGCUCCGCCUCAUUAAUCCCUCUACGUGGAACCCCUUCUCUUUCUCUGCCAGAUGGUUUCAUACUGCAACUUGAAAAUGUACGAUGGAAGUCGGCCCUCUGUUAAAGGAAGUGUGUCUCUGUGGAAACUAUUGUUGGGUUCAUCGAUUCAUUAACCUGCUGUGUGGUCGGACCUGUUGUAUCACUCUUAUUGUAUAAUUACGUCAUCAUGAGGCUUUGGAAGACCAGGACGUUGACAGAAACGUAUAAUGCAACACAAAUAGACUGGGACAUUAAAGAAAGACGUUUGACUGUGGCAAUGUUGGGCGACACAACUGUAACUCCAAUUGUGGAUGUUUAAACUUAAUUUCAUGGAAGAUGGCUUUCAUUUUCCAAAAUUGUGCUUUUGGUUAAUAAUAAAUUAAAUAUACUAAAUGAACUCAGAAAAAAGGCCAAAAUUUGCAUCAACAAUUCCGAAAAUCUGACAACUGGAGAUAAAAGCUUUUUGCCUGACGCCAGUGAUGUGUAAAUAUGUUAUGUAAGAUUUAACACUUGACCACAGAUGUUUCACAGCAACAUUAUUGAUGUAGCAGAUACUGAUCUUGGGUCAGUGUGUGACCACCUGACCAUGCACACAUGAAUAUUCACGCUGGCUCGUGUGAAUAUAAUGUGUGUUAGAUAUAAAUUACAAUGCAUCAAAUUCCUUCAUCUUUAUAAUUAUUAUUAUUAUUUGCCUCAUACCUGCUGUAUCCUAGGCCUUCUUGAGCUCUCUCUCUUUUGCUGUACUGACAUUUCGGAAAUGUCAAAAUGUACUAACAUCUGUACUGUACCUUGUGUUUAUGAUGUGCCUCAGUCAUCUUGUGCGUUGAAAAUACAGGAACAUGAACAUUUGCAUUUUGUGGCCUGGAACGCCCAUAUGAGAAAAUCUUUAAGAAUUGUGUAUAUAUAUAUAUAUAUAUAUAUAUAUAUAUAUAUGCUGAAAAUAUAAUGUUUAUUUUAUGUAACAUGGUUAUGGCCACUUAGAUGUCAUAGAACAUUUAAAGGUAGGCUAUACUAUGCGGGAAGUCGAAAGUUAAAGUAAAAGCCAACCCAGAUUGACUCUAGUCAGUGUUUCGUCUCGCCAUAUUUGUGUUUUUUUGGCACUGUGUCUCUUGAACGACUGCUGCUUAUGGUCUGGUACCUGGUGGCUACACACCCACAAAUAUCCCGAACACAGAAAUAAGAAAGUGCAGGCAGAGUCUCUGCAGAAAAAUACACCUCCCAACACUUCUGAUGGGUCAUAAGUGACGAUUGGGAGGUAUUACUUCUAUCUGAGUCCAUACAUUGCUUUUUUAAGGGAAUUGUAUCAAAGUGGCCAUAAUUAAUACACAAACUUUGUACAAAUAAUUGUACUUUAAUUUGAUUAACUGUGCAUAUCUAUAAUUCUUACUGAUUUGUUUCAUAUGGGAACAUUUGCUCAGAUUGUGAAAACAUGUUCUGCGACUAACUUGAUGAAGUAUACAGCGUCCUAAGAAAGGAAAUUUCAGAAGCAUAAAGUUUAUGUAGCUUAUGUGGAGUUUGUGAUUUCCAUUUCAGCGGUGUGACAUCCCCUCAUGUUUUUUUUUCUUAGUGUGGCUUUAUCUAUUGAAUAUUUGGGACAAUGUUAGCACACUCCCAUUUAACAGAAGUUUAAACAUUUGUCAAACACCCUAAUUGCAUUAUGGAUUGGACGAUUCUUGGGUUAAGUUGAUUUUCUUGUGUCUUCCAUCUCUUCAACUCACAGUAGCAGGAGGGCAGAGAAGGAAGAACUUUUAUUUUUGUAAAGUAAUUCAUAAUUGUAUCACCUGCCUGCCUUUUUUUUCUUUGCACAACUGGAUUAUUUUUAAGAGGAGAAAAGUUCUUCUAAAGUGUAUUCUGCGUUGUUGUUAAGUAGCAUUACUGAGGUCACGCGGUCAUGUAGCUCUUCGUAAAGCAUGAACAUGUUUAUGCUCCUUUGGAACAGAAACUAGGACUCAUGUAAUGUCUGUUCCUAAAGUGCCAUCCCACUUCAGUUCUUUUGCCUUUCUGGUGCAGGAAUGUUAAAGACAGGGUUCAACUUUGAGGUUUGCUUGCUGUACUGAGUGCCUAUUUUUGAACCAAAUGAUUUAAAGAAAUCCAGAAGUAAAGUAGUAGAAGUAAAAGAAUGUAAAGUGUAGCCUUUUCAUCUGUAGUUAUUGUAGUUUAUAGGUUCGGUUUAUCAAGUCGCACCCAAUAUUGUAAGCAAGGUUUGCAUAGAAACGGCUGAUAUGACCUUUCCAAAAACCGAAAUGUUCAUUUUGACGAUAAAAGCACAAUAUUUAUAUUAUUACAAAUUAUUUGCCUGCCAUUUGUCUGCUGUAAAAUGUUUGCUCAGAUUCAAAUGGGAAAGAGGAUCCAUCAUUUAUUCUGAAGUUCUUUAGAUCUCCAUGAUCGGUUCUGCCUUGUAAAUACGAAUGAAUAAACUGUUCCUCCAAAAAUCUCUUUUGUUUUAUGUUUUCAUACAUUUGGGUAUGCACUGGAAAAACUUGAUACUUGAAAUGACUUGUCCAUUCUAGACUGCUGUAUGUUAUUGAGACAAAGUUUAGAGCCUCAUAUCCACUAUGGGGGUGUGGGUAGGUGUUUGCUAACGAGUUUGUGAGAGGCUGUUUUAUGUCUGUGUUGUGUUUCCAUUUUUUUUCUGCUGCACCCAAGAGACCA